AGCGGUGCUGGCACGGCCGAGGAGCCGUGGACAGACGAGGUCAAGACCAAGUUCGAGACCAAGAGCAGGAGCGCGUUCCUCGACCCGUGCCAGGAGGCGGCCGAGAAAAGCAUCAGGUGUAUCCACCGCAACGGCGGCGACCGCACCAUGUGCAGCGACUACUUCCAGGCGUACCGCGACUGCAAGAAGAGCUGGGUAUGUUCACGG